UGUCCUACAUUAAAAUUGAGUUUCUAUAAAUAAACCGUAGUGCUGAGUAAUGUGUGCAAUUGACGUGUGCCAUGAGAAAGGAAAAUAAAAAAAUAAAAUCUGUAUAUGUACAUGUGUAUAUAAUGCGGGCAAAGUGUAAACAUGAGGGUGCAAAGUCACGAUUCUUAUGGAUAUGCCGUGCAACAAACAUGUCGAUGAAGUAGGUUCAAAAAGGGACGAUUAUGUUACUACUAAUGAAACGGAAUCUGCUUUUGUAUUCAAUGCGAAUCAUAAUUUGCCAUUAAUUGAACAGCGAAAACGACUGCCAAUAUAUAAAUAUCGAAGAGAAAUUUUAUAUUGUUUGGAAAAAAAUCAGGUUUUGAUAUUAGUUGGCGAAACCGGUAGCGGAAAAAGUACGCAACUUCCACAGUAUCUUUACGAAUUAGGUUGGCAUACUAAAGGCAUAAUCGGCUUGACUCAACCAAGACGUAUUUCAGCCAUAACUUUAGCUAAUCGUGUAGCAACGGAACGCGGUGAAACCGUUGGCGGUUCUGUUGGUUUUGUAGUGAAAUUUUUGGAAAAGACCAGCGAUGCUACAGCGGUUAAAUAUAUGACUGAAGGCAUCCUCUUACGCGAACUCCUUACCGAUCCUCUACUUAUGCGUUACAGUGUUAUUGUCAUUGAUGAGGCACAUGAACGAAAUUUAAUCACAGACAUUAUUAUUGGCCUACUGAAGAAAGUUGUCAACAAGCGGCCAGCUAUUAAAUUAGUUAUAUCUUCGGCGACAAUUGAUGCUGAUACUUUUGCUGAUUUUUUCAAAGCAAAUUCUAGUAUAAUUUUAUCUGUUGAAGGUCGUACACAUCCAAUUAGUACAUUUUAUUUGAAUAAUCCUUGUGCGGAUUAUGUUAAGGAAGCAGUUGAAACUGUUUGGAAGAUACAUAAAAAAGAGGGACAAGGUGAUAUUUUGGUAUUUUUAACCGGCCAAGAAGAAGUUCUACAAGCAGUUAGCUUAACUAAAGACUAUAUAAGCUCACACGAUGACAACACUCUGCAGGCAUUGCCAAUGUACGGCUCACUUACGCAUAAGGAGCAAUUAAAAGUGUUUUUUGCACCGGAAAAGGGUGUACGCAAAGUUAUAUAUGCCACAAAUAUCGCCGAAACAUCGAUUACUAUUCCGGGUGUUGUUUAUGUUAUUGACUGUGGAUUUAUCAAAUUAAAAUGGUUCGAUUCGGAUAGUGCCACAGAUCAAUUAGUUGUUGUACCCAUUAGCAAAGCUACGGCUAUGCAAAGAGCAGGCCGUGCCGGAAGGACACGUCCUGGUAAAGUGUACCGCCUUUAUACGGAGGAGGAUUAUGAAAAAUUACCUGAUCGUUUUCCGCCAGAAAUUCGACGCUGUGAAUUGAGCGCAAUGAUACUAAACUUGAAAGCAUUAGGUGUUAGUAAUAUAUUGAAAUUUAAUUUUCCUUCACCACCGCCAGCUAAAAAUGUUUUAGCUGCUUUGGAAACGCUACAUGCUUUAGGUGCCAUUGACAGUGAUGGAAAUCUAACAAAACCCCUCGGCUAUUUUAUGGCUGAAAUGCCACUUCCACCUAUGCUCAGCCGCAUGCUUUACAUGUCCGGUUCCAUGGGUUGCUCCGAGGAGAUGAUCACCAUAAUAGCUAUGCUACAAGUGGAAACCGUAUUUGCUCAACCAGCCACCGGACAAGGUCAAAUUAAAGCACGUGUCGCGAAGCGUAACUUUGAAGUAGCUGAAGGGGAUUUAAUAACUAUGUUGAAUGUUUUCACAGCAUUUGUUGAAAAUGAGCAGAGCAAACAGUUUUGUCGUACAUAUUAUCUAAAUUAUCGUAAUCUCAACUGUGCUUAUGAAUUACGCGAACAAUUAAUUAAGCUUGCAAAGAAACAUCUAAACCUACCACUAAAAUCUUGUAACGGAAAUGUAGAAACAAUUUGCAAGUGUAUUACAUCGGCAUAUUUUCUCAAUGCAGCGUAUCUGCACUAUACAGGGGUGUAUAAAAGAAUUCAAGGAGGACAGGAUCUACAUAUACAUCCACUUUCGACGCUGUACACACUACCACAGCCGCAAUACAUACUCUUUACUGAAUUAGUGCAUACAACAAAGUUGUUUAUGAGCAACAUAACUGUAAUAAAGGAGGAAUGGUUAUCUGAAUUGUCAUCACAUUAUUUUUAUAAAACGAAUGUGUAACUCAGAGAUAAUGAUUCAUAGAUGCAACUGUUGUUCUUGAUUGUAUCUCACUUAAUUUUUGUACAUACAUCAAUAAUAGAAUUAUAAUGUGUAUAAUGUAUUAUUUAUAUUGGUAAGAAGGUUGAGAGGACAUAUUAGAGGGUUAUGCUCGAUAUUCAAAGGCGAAAAUAAUUUUCUUGUGUCAAUUUUAAUUUUUUUUUUUAAAUAUUGAUGAGCAAGGAUAUGAAUGUGUAAUAUAAGUUCUUUGUACUAUUUCACUAGUAUGUUUAAAUAUAUAUAAUUUGGCAACUGA